AGCUGCAGCUCGCUGGAGCCUGGAACAGAGGGGAGCUGAAGACGGCCAUGUGAUACUCUUCCGGGACCCCUGGACCCACACAGGGCCAGAGAAGCUUCAGUCUUGGAGCAUGGCAAGUCCCAAGCACCCUGGGAGCCCUGGAUGGACGGGACCCAUAGCCAAGUGCACGGCUGGGACCAAGCAGGAAGCAUCAGCCGCUGGCCGAGACCUCCCGUGUCCAGGACCCGAAGGGCACUUAGACCCAGCCAUCUCCCCAGACCCUUGUCCCCAAAGUGCACUGACCUGGUGCAAGUGCUGACGGGUGCCGUCCCUCCAGACGCUCACGGCGGCCCCAGCCCCAACUCCAGCAUGACCACCGGGGAGCUGCAGGAGUACUGGCGGAAGGAGAAGCGCUGCUGGAGACGCGUCAAGCUGCUCUUUGAGGUCGCGUCCGCCCGCAUCGAGGAGAGAAAAGUCUCCAAGUUUGUGAUGUACCAAAUCGUCGUCAUCCAGACAGGGAGUUUUGACAGCAACAAAGCCGUGCUGGAACGGCGCUAUUCAGACUUUGAGAUGCUCCAGAAAAGCCUCCUCAAGACGUUCAGGGAAGAGAUCGAAGACAUCGUCUUCCCCAAGAAGCACCUGAUGGGCAACUUCACCGAGGAGAUGAUCUCCGAGCGCAAGCUGGCCUUCCAGGAGUACCUGAGCCUGCUCUACGCCAUCCGCUGCGUGCGGCGCUCCCGCGAGUUCAUCGACUUCCUCACGCGCCCCGAGCUCCGGGAGGCGUUCGGCUGCCUGCGCGGGGGACAGUACGGCCGGGCCCUGGACAUCCUGGUGCGCGUGGUGCCCCUGCAGGAGAAGCUGACGGCCCACUGCCCCGUGAUGCUGGUCCCGGCGCUGUGCGCCAUGCUCGUUUGCCACCGGGACCUGGAGCGGCUGGCCGAGGCGUUCGCGGCCGGGGAGAGGGCGCUCCAGUGCCUGCAGGCCCGGGAGGGCCACCGCUACUACGCCCCGCUGCUGGACGCCAUGCUCCGCCUGGCCUACGCGCUGGGCAAGGACUUCGUGUCUCUGCAGGAAAAGCUGCAGGAGAGCCAGCUCCGCAAGCCCAGCCCCUGGGGCUUCACGCUGAAGGAGCUCACGGUCCGGGAAUAUCUGUACUGAGCCCCUCUGGC